AAAGAUCGGAUAUAACUUAAAAGAAGCAGCAUUCUAAUCACUACAUAUUGGACGUGGGUCUCCUUUGACAUCAGAAAGUAAAAAUGAGGUUGUCAUGGGAACUGCUCGUACUGCAAUCGUUCAUGUUGUGCCUUGCAGAUGAUAACAUACUGCAUGGACCAGUUUUUAUCCAGGAACCAAGCAGCGUGAUUUUUGCACUUGACUCUGAAGAAAAAAAAGUUAAACUGAACUGCGAAGUAAAAGGAAAUCCUAAGCCAACUAUAAGGUGGAAGUUAAAUGGAACCAUUGUUGACAUUGGUAUGGAUUACCGCUACAGUGUGGUUGAAGGAAGCUUGUUGAUCAAUAAUCCCAAUAAAACUCAAGAUGCUGGAACAUACCAGUGCAUAGCAACAAAUUCAUUCGGAACAAUUGUUAGCCGAGAAGCGAAACUGCAAUUUGCUUAUCUUGAAAAUUUCAAAACCAGGACGAGGAGUACAGUUUCAGUCCGACAAGGACAGGGAAUGGUGUUGCUUUGUGGACCUCCACCACAUUCCGGAGAAUUAAUCUAUGCCUGGAUUUUCAAUGAAUAUCCAACUUUUGUGCACCAGGAUAAUCGUCGCUUUGUUUCGCAAGAGACUGGGAAUUUAUACAUAGCUAAAGUAGAGAAAUCGGAUGUGGGAAAUUAUACAUGUGUCGUGACAAACACAGUAACAAAUACCAGAGUGCGAGGGCCUCCUACGCCUUUAAUCUUGAGAAAUGAUGGAGUGAUGGGAGAAUAUGAGCCAAAAAUCGAAGUGCAAUUCCCAGAAACGGUUCCAUCUGCCAAAGGAACAACUGUGAGGCUGGAGUGUUUUGCAUUGGGAAACCCAGUUCCUACAAUCAGCUGGAGAAGAACAGACGGAAAGCAAAUCCCUAAAAAAGCUCGGAGACACAAAUCAAGCAGCAUUCUCGAAAUCCCCAACUUUCAGCAGGAAGAUGCUGGCAUGUACGAAUGCGUAGCUGAAAAUGUGAGAGGAAAGAACGUGGCCAGAGGCCAACUAACAUUUUAUGCUCCUCCCAACUGGAAUCAGAAAAUAAGUGAUAUUCAGGUGGCUAUAGAAGAAAGUAUCUACUGGGAAUGUAAGGCAAAUGGCAGACCGAAGCCUUCUUACAACUGGCUGAAGGAUGGUGAACUUCUUCUCCCUCAGGAAAGACUUCACAUAGAACAUGGGACACUUACCAUUCCCAGCGUGAAUCUCUCUGACACUGGCAUGUAUCAGUGUGUGGCAGAAAAUAGAUAUGGAGUCAUCUAUGUCAGCGCAGAACUGAGCGUAAUUGCUGUGGGUCCAGAUUUCUCCAAAACCUUCUUAAAAAAAAUAACUUUUGUUAAAGUUGGUAGUGAUGCAACCAUUGAAUGUAAGCCUAAAGCUUCGCCAAGGCCAACUUUUACUUGGAAGAAAGGAAAAGAGAUCAUAAAGGAAAGUGAGAGGCAUACUCUUUUGGAAGAUGGAACUCUAAAAAUUGCCAAUGUUACCAAAGCAGAUGCUGGGAGUUAUACAUGUAUAGCAACAAAUCAUUUUGGCGUAGCCAGCAGCACUGGGAACCUGAUAGUAAAAGAUCCAACACGAUUUGUGGUGGCACCUACCAGCAUGGAUGUCACUGCUGGUGAAAGUAUACUUCUGCCUUGCCAAGUAUCUCAUGAUCAUCCACUAGACAUUGUCUUUACUUGGUCAUUUAAUGGACGUCUGAUAGACUUUGAAAAAGAUGGAGAUCACUUUGAAAGAGUUGGAGGGCAGGAUUCAGCUGGUGAUUUGAUGAUCAGAAGCAUCCAGCUGAAUCAUGCUGGAAAAUACGUCUGCAUGGUGCAAACAAGCGUGGACAAACUAUCAGCUGCUGCAGACCUGAUUGUAAGAGGUCCCCCAGGUCCUCCUGAAGCUGUGACAAUUGAUGAGAUAACAGACACUACAGCUCAGGUUUCUUGGAGACCAGGAGCAGAUAAUCGCAGUCCCAUUACAACAUACGUUAUUCAAGCAAGAACUCCAUUUUCUGUUGGAUGGCAAGGAGUAAAUACAG